UCAGCAGUGGGAAGGUCGUGUGUAUUCGCUUUUUGAUGGAUCAGUAUUUGAAUCAGGAUAGGAGUUCACUCAAUUUUUACAGGUCAACUCACUCAGCACCAGAGCAGCUGUGCCUCUUGGAGAUAAUCAUCUGAAAGGACACCCUUCAUCGAUGAAGCUGACAUCGCCUGACAAAGGAUGGUCAUGGAUGGUCAUGGUCGCAGCUUCCGGGGUCAUGUUUGUACAAGGAAUCUUCAUCGGAACCCUUGGCAUCGUUCAUUUGUCCUUGUUGGACAGAUAUCAGGAUAGUAACCUAAAGACGGCUCUUGCUGGCUCCAUAUUUGCAUGUAUGAAUACGGCCGGGGGGAUCAUUACCAGUGUAAUGGUAGAGAGGUACAGCUGCCGUGUUGUUACGGUUACCGGAUCACUCCUCUUUACGAUUGGCCUCGUCGUCUGUGCAUUCCCUGUGUCUCUUAACGUCGUCAUAUUCUCAUACGGCAUACUGGCAGGUAUUGGAUCUAGUAUGACAAACACAGCGGCUUAUUUUGUAGUUGGUUAUAACUUCAAACUGCGUCAGAAUGUGGCAAGUGGCAUAGCGACGUCGUGGAUUGCAUUAGGUGGCCUUUUUAUACCGACAGUCAUUGAGAUGAUCAGAGAAUUUUACGGCAACCGGAUGCUUUUCAUGAUUCUAGGAGGCAUUUCUCUGCAGCCAUGUUUUCUUGGAUGUAUGUAUUUCCCAUCUUAUUUGGAAGAAUCUAGGAAACAUUCCGCAGUUACGGAGAACAAAAAACGUCAAAAAGAUAGUAACUGGCUAUCAAUAAUGAAGAAUCCUGGCUUUAUAUGUUUUGCCGGGUGUUUAUGUUUCACUCAGCUCGGCGUCUUUGUCAUGUAUUUACAUUUUCCAAACUAUGUGACGACCAUGGGGUUUACCGUCAUUGAGGCAUCCUACCUUCUGAAUGUACGCGGAAUCUGUGCGUUCGUUUCGAGACUUUUGAUAUCAUCACUGGUAAACUCUAGCAAUCACAAUGUCCAGGAGACCACAUUGUUGUUUGGGACAUUCACGUUUCUGGCUCUGGCCAGUAUGCUACUCUCUCUGUACGGGACGUCAUUCGGGGGACUUCUAAUUUAUUGUGUUUUUCUUGGACUCUACGGCGAUUCUGUCUUCUCUAUUCUCAAUAUUAUCAAUAUUAAACUAGUAGGCCUACAGCAGUUUGCUGCUGCUACAGGAAUUGAGUUCGCUGCAAUGGGAAUCUGUAUAUUUAUAGGUCCCUCAUUUGUCGGGAACGUGAUAGACGAAGGAGGGACCUAUGACCUAUGUUUCGUCAUAACAGGUAUGUUAAUCAUGCUGGGAGGGUUACUGAGUCUAAUCUCGGGAGUGUUCGAGACGUCAACAGUGGAAGAUUUACAUCACAAAAAUAUCCACACAGAUAUAGACAUGGACACGUCUUCUGAAGAAUAUGUUGAUAAUGCGAAUACUCAACUUACCAUCUGAUAGGAAAUUACUUGGACGUGCUGAUAAUGAUAAAAUAUGAUAUUCACUGGACCGUAACGGAAGGACACACGUAUUCAGGCAAUAACUAAACUUGUUACCUUAAAGCAAAACAGCGUUCCCCCCGUAUGUGUUAUAACGUAAUUCUAGAUUUUCGAAGUCAUAAAAAAAUACUUCAAAGCUUAAGUUUCUAAGGUUUGGAUACAUUUUCAGGAAGACAUUUCAAAAUGCACUGAAGCGGUAGUGUAGACAAGUCUAUGUUUGGGGUGACUGGUAUUGAUGUAAAUCCGCGUAACCCAACACAUCAUGGAAAUGACACCAUGAACACGGAGUAAGUUUGAAGGUCAAUAAAUGUUGCUAACGUCAUGGAAGGGUGGUUCAGAUUUUGAAAUAAAAUAAAAACUAAAUUCUCUUGAUGUAACAUUAAAUAGAAAUAAGUAGACUCUGUUACUUCAUUCUACUUUUUUUCUAUUGAUUUACCUGCUAUAUGUAUACUAAUUAAAAAGGCUGUGGACAGUAA